AUGAUCAAUUUCUUCGGCGGCAAGGCGCCAACAGCCGCUCAGCCGGCAUCAUCAACAUCGACUGCUGUCAAUGGCGCUAGAUUCGCAUCCGUAUCGACAUCCUCUUCCGCUUCCGCUUCCGCUGCAGGCCAGCCCCCCCUCAAAAAGACCAAAAUCGCUCCAUCACCCGUCACAGUCGUCACCACUGUUAAGAAAAAGGUGGCUCCACCCACAUCCGUAGAGCCACGUGAUCCCAUCGCUGCACUUUCCGGCUACAACUCCAAAAAUGCGCUCCCCGAGGAGAAGCGUCGGCGCAUCAUCGAAGAGAGGCUUGCUGCUCAGCGACAAAAGUCGAUCGAGUCCAGUCUCGAGGCUCAGUUGAGAGCUCCCACCAAAUCUUUGUCCAAAUCUCAAUCUGCCAGUUCAACUUCCAGACGUUCCGCUGCAUCUUUCUCCAAGCCAAAGACAAAGAAACCACGCAAAAAGGUGGUCGACUCGGACUCUGACCAUGACGAAUUUGGUGAUUAUGGCAAAUCAUCUCGCAAGCCCAGCACCGCUCCUUCCACCCCUCGUGCAUCUAAGCGCACCAGCGUCGAUCCACAUCCGACCUCAGAUAGCUACCAGAAAGUAGGCAGAGAUGGGGUUCAACCAAAUUAUACUGUUCCUCGCGACAUUCGCGCAUCAACUUCCCCAACAAAUACCACUGCAAUACCAAUAGACACCCAGUCCAGGCCUAGCAAGCCAAUCUCGUCGGCCGACAUUGUCACCGCCAACAUCAAAAACUACGGCCCCUACUUCAAUGGCCUCGGCGAUGCUCCGCGUGCUGUGCUCGAGUAUCCUGGUACAGACGCAUCGGAAGAAUUCCUGCUACUCGUCCCCAAGGAUGCUGAUGAGUACGAUCCAUUGAUGGAGCUCCUCGCCACCGUUCGUGCCAUUGUGACACACUACCUCACCCCGGAGCAGCGCAAAGCCUUUGGCUCUCUCGACAGUUUGGAAGUUUCCAACAACGCCGGUAUGAUCCUACCCAGUGCUACCCAUGGUGCCUCAGCCUCAACAAGCGCCGUUUGCAACAUGGUGGCGGCACUCACCGACUCGAAUGGCAUCAACGGCGCACGUGCCAAGUCAGCCGACUUGCUCGAUGGCCAGGGCUCCAAGGCUGAGCGCAGAAACCACCUAGUCGGUGCUGGAACGUAUAAAGACACCGGAUCCAUGACACCAGAGCCACACGCCAACGGCAUCUCACAGACAGCACCUGUGUCUCCCACCUCGCAGACUAGCGGUAUCAGUGCAUCGGCGGGUGGCAGCUCGGUCGCUAAAACGGUUCUAGUCAACAAUGCACUGCUUCGCCUAGAUUCUCCUGCUCCCACCGAGCUCUCAGUUGCUUCAGACCACUCCUCCACCCCGGCUGCAUCUUGCGGCACCGAUCCAGAUUCUAUCCUUCGCUCCUUCACCAAAGCACGCAAUCGCCGCGAUGGACCCCUGUUUAUGCGAACGCUCGCACGUUUCAACUCGGCGCUCGCCGCUUUGCGCGACACUGGCGCACUGGCAGCCAACAUUGCCGAUCUCGGCUCUUGCACCGGUGUUCCCGAGGGCAUCUGGCGUUUGAUCCAGGACCAAGUGUAUGCACGAGUCGUCGGUCCACGCGUUGAAGAACUCGGUCGCUAUCAAGCGUUCUCCGACAACGUCUAUGGCGAGUUGCUUCCGCGCUUCAUGUCCGAGAUUGCCCAACUCACCCUCUUGGGACCGGAAAAGGUGUUUGUCGAUCUGGGCUCGGGUGUCGGCAACCUGUUGAUCCAGACGAGUCUGCAGACGGGUGCCGAAGCGUAUGGAUGCGAGAUGAUGCGCAUCCCUGCUUCGCUGGCGAGUCAACAGGUUGUCGAGGCGCAGCUGCGCUGGGCCGCGUGGGGUCUGCGCGGCGGCUCAGCGAUUGAAGCAUGGCAGGGUGAUUUCGGCGAUCAUGGCGGCGUGCGCGACGUGCUGAAACGCGCCGAUGUGGUGCUGGUCAACAACUACGCGUUUCUGCCCAAGACCAACGAAAACCUCUCGUUACUCUUUCUCGACUUGCCCGAUGGCGCUAAAGUGGUUUCGCUGAAACCGUUCGUCCCGCCCGACUUCCGGUUGACACAGAGAACGCUCAGUAGUCCAUUGGCGAUCCUAAGGGUCACAGAGAGAUUGUAUACCUCGGGUUGUGUGAGUUGGGCCGAUGGUGGCGGAAAGUAUUACAUCCAGGAGGUGGACAGGAGCUUGGUGAGGGAGUUUUUGCAGAAUGCAGGAGCAGCCACGAGAGCCAAGAGGGGGAAGGUGAGCGAGGGAGACGACACGGUGGCCGCGAGCGAUCUUAUGGUCGGUCAGGAUGUGAGGCGCAAGCGAUGGAAGGCUGCACUUCAGGACGAUGAUGAGGACGACGACGAAUUUUGA